AUGGCGAUGGCCGUUAACGCAGCCCGUCUCUGUCGCCUGGCGGGGCGGACUGUCCCCUCCCUGUCACUCACACGCUGGACCCGCUUCAUAUCUACCUCACCGGGGAACAAUCUUCAGUUCAGGCUUGAUGAACGGACAGCUCACAGCAGUCUGGACCUCUUCAAGAAAGACACUGCUGUCAUCUACCGCAUGCUAGGUCUGGACCCCAGCCGCGGGCAAAACAACCCGGAGCGUUUCCGGGACUGGGCCGUCGUGUUUGGCGACGAGAAGAUCGGCAGCGGACGACACUACUGGGAGGUGACGGUGAAAAAGUCUCAACAGUUUCGUCUGGGAGUGGCCGAGGCCCAGAUGUCCAGAGAGGACUGCGUGGGCACCAACAGCUCCUCCUGGGUGUUCGGCUACACUCAGCGCAAGUGGUUUGCCAUGACCAGCAAUAAGAUAGUUCCUGUGACACUGGUCGGCAAGCCAGAUCGCAUCGGCAUCCUGCUCGACUACAACGCAGGCCUUCUGGGGCUAGUGGACAUCCAGAAACCUGCAGUCAUUCACACCAUGAGGGCUCAGUUCAAGACUCCCCUCUGCCCUGCGUUUGGACUUUGGGACGGGGAGCUGCUCACACACUCUGGUCUGGAGGAGCCUGAAGGCCUGAAGUGAAGCAGGAUGGGCUGUGAUGUGAUGGUGAUGAUUGUGUCGGCGGUGGGCUUGAGUUUGCCUACAUUUAUUGCAACUGUGCAGGAAAUAAAGCAAUAUCUACGUAGGAAUCAUUUACAGCUUAAAGGAACACUCCACCGUUUUUUCAUAUUAAAACAUGUU